AUGAUGUCCAUGAAGAAUAACACAGAAGUGACUGAAUUCAUUCUGCUAGGACUCACUGAUGCCCCAGAACUGCAGGUGCCUCUCUUCAUAGUGUUCACCCUCAUCUACCUCAUCACCUUGAUAGGGAACCUGGGUAUGGUCAUGUUGAUCCUGCUGGACUCUCGUCUCCACAUCCCCAUGUACUUUUUCCUCAGCAACCUCUCUCUGGUGGACUUUUGUUACUCCUCAACAGUCACUCCAAAGGUGAUAGCUGGGUUUCUAAAAGGAGGCAAGAUCAUCUCCCACAAUGCAUGUGCUGCCCAGAUGUUCUUUUUUGCAGUCUUUGCCAGUGCAGAAAAUUUUCUGUUGUCUUCUAUGGCCUAUGACCGCUAUGCAGCAGUGUGCAAAGCUCUCCAUUACACCACCAUCAUGACUACGAAUAUGUGUGUGCAUCUAGUCAUUGGUUCUUACGCCUUUGGCUUACUGACUGCUGCUAUUCAAACCCGAAACACCUUUUCCCUCUCGUUUUGUAUGUCCAAUGUGGUGCAUCACUUUUUCUGUGACAUUCCAGCAAUCAUGAGUUUGAGUUGUUCCAAUAAAGACUUCAGUGAGCUGGUGCUUCUUCUUUUCUCAAGCGUUUAUAUCUUGUUUGGCAUUGUUGUUAUUUUGAUUUCUUACCUGCUCAUCUUCAUCACCAUUUUGAAGAUGCAUUCAGCCAAGGGAUACCAGAAGGCUUUUUCUACGUGUGCUUCUCACCUCAUCGCAGUUUCCAUAUUUUAUGGAACAGUCAUGGUCAUGUACUUACAGCCCAGUUCCAGUCAUUCCAUGGACACAGCUAAAAUUGCAUCUGUGUUCUAUACUAUGCUCAUUCCCAUGCUGAACCCUGUGGUCUACAGCCUGAGGAAUAAAGAGAUAAAGAAUGCUAUCACAAAGGUUGCAGAGAAGGCAAAAUAUUCUCUAGGUUUAGAGCUCUAA